AUGCCUGGCAUAUUUAGGUUUUUCAAGCAAGGAGCUACAAUGGCACCAACACCUGUUGUGACGGAGAAGGUUGAGAAACUUCGAAGUCAAAUCAACAAUGCUGCAGUUAUGAUAUUUACAAAGAAAAAUGGGGCCGAUUAUCAGGCAACCCUAAAAGAAAUCACCGGCAGAUCUUCCGUUCCACAGGUCUUCUUUCGCGGAGAGUUUAUCGGUGGUUGCGAUGACGUUAUGGCAAUCGACGACCAAACCAUCCUGAAGAAGUCAGCUGAAAUGAAGUACGACUACGAUUUAGUGGUAAUCGGUGGUGGCUCUGGCGGAUUGGCUCUAGCCAAAGAAUCUGCGCGAUGCGGAGCCAGGGUCUCUCUCCUCGACUUCGUCCUACCGACGCCGAAGGGGGCUACGUGGGGCCUGGGUGGCACUUGUGUCAACGUCGGUUGCAUCCCCAAAAAACUCAUGCAUCAGGCCGCCCUCCUGAACCACUACAUGGAAGACGCCGCGGCCUUUGGAUGGGAUGUCACCAAAGGCAAGUCUAAUUGCUCUUCAACGUCUAAGUCGCGUUGUCGUACACAUACCUGGGACACCAUGGUCAGUGGCAUUCAGGACUACAUCCAUUCCCUUAACUUUGGGUACCGUUCGGCACUCAUGAAUGUCGGUGUCAAGUACUUGAACACAACAAACAAACAGGGCAUUGUGAAAAAUAUAACAGCCAACACCAUCGUUAUUGCCACUGGUGAACGACCUCGUUACCCCCCGAUUCCUGGAGCGAAAGAAUUCGGCAUUACGAGCGAUGACCUCUUUUCCCUCGACCACAACCCGGGCAAGACGCUGUGUGUGGGCGCCAGCUACGUCUCCUUGGAGUGUGCUGGCUUCCUGCGCAGCAUCGGCUGCGACGUGACCGUCAUGGUGCGCUCCAUCUACCUGCGCGGCUUCGACCAACAGAUGGCCGACAUGGUCGGUGCCUACAUGGAUCGGUACGGCGUCAAGUUUGUCCGACCCUGCGUUCCCACUUCGGUUAGGUGCUUGGAAGAGUAUGACGCAGAGACCAAAAAACUUGGACUCUACGAAGUUGAGGGUAAACACGAAGAUGGGACUCUUUUCAAGGAUACCUUCAAUACCGGUGUUGUAACAUUUUUCUACAACAAUGUCAUCUUCGCGGUGGGUCGUGACCCCUGCACCACAAGCAUCGGUCUUCAGAACGUCGGUGUUGAAACCGACAAAAAUGGACGCGUUAUUGUGGACAGCGAGGAGCGGACAAAUAUUUCGAACAUCUUCGCCAUUGGCGAUGUGAACAAUAUUGGCUUCCAGCUGACUCCUGUCGCCAUUGCAGCAGGCAAAAACCUUGCUCGUCGCCUCUACACGGCUGAUGACUGCUUAACCGACUACACCAACGUUCCCACGACAGUCUUCACUCCGCUCGAAUACGGUUGUAUCGGUCUGUCCGAGGAAGCUGCCAUCGAGAAGUUUGGAACCAAGAACAUCGAGGUGUUCCACUCCCACUUCCAUCCACUCGAGUGGACCAUUCCACACCGUCAGGAGAACACGUGCUACGCGAAGCUCAUUAUCAACAAAGCAGAUGACAAUCGCGUUGUUGGCUUUCACGUUCUGGGUCCCAACGCGGGUGAGGUGACCCAGGGCUACGCGGUCGGCAUGCGACUGGGCGCAAGGAAGGAGGACUUUGACCGAACUAUCGGCAUUCACCCCACCUGCUCAGAGGUCUUCACGACACUUCACGUGACCAAGAGCUCCGGCGGAUCAGCCGCAGUCACUGGUUGCUGA